CCACCACCAUAAUAACAACAACACAGAGAGCUAUCAGACGUAUCCAUUGAUAACGUUGGUCGGCAGCGUCAACACAAACCGUCCAUUCGCCAGCGGACGUUCGAAGGAGAAACACCGAACCGCGCAGCCACUUGGUCAGCCUCCUCCAUAAACCACCGAAAAAUAUUGAAUAAUAAUCAUGGCGCACCUGAUGGAGAACUUUGCACGCCCCGAAAAAACCGAAGAGGUGGUCACAUAUGGCAGUCUUGAUCCCUCAGUUCAAGAGCUUCUGCUCGCCGCCUCUGAAGUCCGUCAGCGUGCCUAUGUCCCAUACAGUGGUUUUAAAGUGGGUUCAGCCUUCCGGGCCACUGCCACCAAUCAAAUCUUCACCGGCUGCAAUGUGGAGAAUGCCGCAUUCACGCCCUGCUCUUGCGCCGAGCGUACAGCCCUCGCCAAAGCGGUCAGCGAGGGCGCAACCGAGUUCUCGGUGGGCGCUGUCCUGGCAUACGAACCGGAUGCUUUUACCACACCCUGUGGCGUGUGCCGGCAGUUCAUUCGGGAGUUUGCCACCAGCGAUAUUCCCAUCUACAUAGCUCAGGCCAUUGAUGAGAGGAUUGCGAAUAAAGAGGAGCCCCUGCGUAGCGACGAUCCCGUGCUGUGCACAUCCAUUUUCAAUCUGUUGCCGAGUAGUUUUCGCACCUAUAAAAAGUAGUACUAGUACAGGCCACAAGCAGAGCCCCACAGCUGCCCCCCUAAUCAAAAUUAAUCUAUAUCUUUUUAAUCUAAUCAUUUGAAAUAAAAAAAUUACACUAUUUAACAGGA